UGGCCCCCUGUUCAAAGCUAAAGGAAGCCAACACGGAAAUUUAAAAUCACAGUUACCUUUAUAACUUGUCACUAAUGAAUAAGAACGAACGAAAUGAAUAUUCUCUAACGUUAAAACAAAACAGCCCGUCAUAGCGUUUGUACACAGGAAGGGUCACUUAUAAUUUCUCGAGGAAAAAGGAUAUUAAUAUAUUUCAGUGGUAUUGGAUAACUUUAGGCUGUAAUAGUGACUGGGUACUAACGUGUAAUUACUAAGUAAGUAUAACUUCUUAAGAUGACACACACGGAAAUUGACUGAUGAGUAUCCCGGAUAUUAGUACACUGCUAUAGUCACUUUUUAUUACUAUAAGAUAUAGUUAGAGUACCUACAGAAUAAGUGUUUGCGAUGUUUGACUUGGUCAAACUGCUGAUAUUUGUCCCAUUCGGGUAUGGAUUUAACGUGGAUGUUGAGAAAGCGAUUGUUUACACGGGAACCCCGGGGUCGUACUAUGGCGCCACGACUGAGAUGUUGACAAACCUUGAAGGAAACUGGGUCCUCGUCGGCGCCCCCCGUCAGAACUACUCGGGGAUCAUCAAGCCUGGGGCCGUGUACCGGUGUCCUGUCUCCACCUCCUCUACGACAACACCGGCCUGCUUAAUGCUACCGAUCAGGGCUGCACAGAGCCCGUUUCCUGCCAACAUUCAGUCUGAAGAAAACCAGGGAUUAGGAUUAAACAUGUUGAUCACCAAUAAUUAUCUCGUGGCGUGUUCUCCCUCAUGGAAGCAGACAGUCACCAUCGACACUUAUUACGCGUAUGGAAAAUGCAGUGACGUCCCUUUUGGCAGUAUGAACACAAACUACAACAAGUUUUUCGCUGUUCCCUCUGGUCUCUUACAAACCGGGUCCAAAAUAUUCUAUAUGGUAGCAGAAUUCGGGUUCAGUAGCGCCAUUCGGUCAGGGUUUGGUGCCAAUGGCAUUGUGAUGGGUACUCCAGUCGUUUACGAUUCAACAGGCGGGUUCAUUUACUACAGGGAAAGCAACGUUGCUAAUUUCUGGGACAGGUUUAACGUCCUAGAACACGGAAGCACCGAUUCCCUGACAACUGUGUUCAGAUCUGGUGCUUAUUUAGGGUACUCCAUUGGAGCUGGCGUGUUCGGAUCGACCGUGAGGGAAUCCCCCUCCUCGUACCCCAUUGUUGUGAUGGGGGCCCCAGGAUUCUCCAACAAUGACGGAACAGUAGGCGCGAUGGGAAUAUUUGAGAGAAUUUCUUCAAGUGCUUUAAAGAUGCAGAAAAUGAUUGCAGGCAAAGUGAUCGGUAGCGGCUUCGGACAGUCUUUAAUUGUGGCUGACUUCAACAACGACAAUAAAGAUGACAUAGCGGUCGGGGCCCCAAUGGAAGGCGAGGACGAAAUGAAUAAAGUCGAUGUCGGGGCCGUCUAUAUUUACUAUGGAACGCUCGGAUCGGAUUUUAUCGAUGCCAGUGCACAGCGCCUGCGCGGGUCCGGUGCAAUAUUAGCCAGGUUUGGACAUAGCAUUGCCUGCCCAGGAGACUUGAACAAAGAUGGCUUUAAAGAUUUGAUAGUUGGAGCUCCCUAUGAACAAGAUAACAAAGGAGCCAUCUACAUCUUUAAUGGCGGAGCCCCUCGGAUGGAGACGAUGUAUUCCCAGCGAAUACUUGCUGCUGAUAUAAAUAGUGAUCUGCGCGGCUUUGGGUUCUCGCUGAGCAAAAAUACCAUUGAUGUAGAUUCAAAUACUUAUACUGAUACGUCUGUUGGAUCUUUGCUGUCAUCUCAUGCGGUGGUAUUUCGAACCCGAUCCAUUGUUACCAUUACUUCAAUUCCAAUUUUGAACCCGACCGUUAUGCCUUUCAACUCAACAGGAUUGGCCUGUAGAGGAAACAGUGAUAAUUUUAACCCAUGCACAUCGGUCGAAGUCUGCUUCAAUUAUACCGGAGAUGGGCUGACAAACGGAAUUUAUAUUGAUUAUACUUUAACCUCUGACCCGGAAACUAGUGACGUCAAGGAAAGACGCUUCAUAUUCUAUCAAAAUAACGUAACCCAGGGAACAGUGUAUACCAAAACACAGCUGUUCAUUGCAAGCGGAGAAACAAAGUGUGAAAGCCUUCACGCAAGAAUAGCGAUGACAGACAGAAAAUUUUUCGCGCGCGUCAACGACGACCCACGAUUCGAGGUGACCUACAAAAUCAGUAACGAAUCGGCGGGAAACGAGGUACGACCUAUCUUAGCCAAGGACAAAGCCUCGGAAAUCUCCAACGUCACGGGCAGGUUUCUGACCGAAUGUACUCCCACCUGUAAACCGGAUCUGAUGAUAACAGGAGCUGCACUGACGUCAUUGGUCCAAGUGGGGAAAACCCAGGAACUGGAAGUACAGAUUCUCGUCAUCAACAUCGCCGACCCCGCUUAUGGCGCCUCCAUUGUGUUCAACAAUUCCAUUGGCGCGAUCUUCAGUAGCUACGCGGUUCUGUUGGAGCAAGGGUCAGAGCGCAUGACAUGCGCUAAGGAAGGCGAUGGCGCCCGCUGCACGUUCGACAAGAAUCCGCUGUUUCCACAGGUUAGAGGUCUGGUGAAUGUACGUUUUGAUGUAUCGUCUCUACAGCUGCUCAGAGGGGUGGCGCUGCAGAGUCUUCCGGCGGUAGCGGAAGUUUUUGCUGUAGCGGAAGUGGCGGGUGAUGUGGAUACCUCUAAUAACGUUGCACGGAUGAAUACAAAUUUACAACUGGAAGCAACCAUUCAGAUGAUAGGGUCUUCCUCGCCUGACCAAGUGAGAAUCUCGGAAGGGGGGAAGUCGAGGCUGACUCUGAAUCAGGCCUACUCCAUUAUCAACACUGGGCCGAGUCCACUACCUCUAAUGAAAAUAUCUUUCUCCAUCCCAGUGAUGUAUAAGGAUAAACUAAUAAUAGAGAGGUCUCAGCUGGAAUUGAGCGCACUCUCCCCCUCCAUUAAUUGUAGCAUGAUAAGUUUCCCUUCAUCAGAAUCUGUGACGUCAUCACCGGGCGUCGUCAUCAACCCGAGCGUGAUUAUUACCGAAAGUAACGUUCCUUUGGGUUGCGGGGUGUCUGGUGUUGGCUGUGCUGUGUUUGAAUGUCUGAUCACCGACCUGGAGGUCGAUUUUCAAGCCAUCUUCAUAGGGGCAAACAUCACCGAGGAAAACCUCCCAGAUAUACCCGCGGGUACCACCCAGAUCCAGUACUACACAACAGGAAUACUUUAUCCAAGCAAAAAAUUACCAAUUCCACUCAAUAUAAAGCCCUCUAAUGUCACCUACUCUGCGGUCCUUCCAAUUUUCCCAGACAACAUUAUUCCACCGACUGCGGAGUUGAAUCUUUUGCCCCUGAUUGUCGGUCUGUCUGUCGGUGUCCUCCUGAUGGUGCUACUGGCAAUCGCACUCUGGAAGUUGGGUUUCUUCAGACGUAAGAAGAGAGAAGAAUUGAACCAGUACAAGAGGAAAAGUUACGCCCACGCGAGGCAGAGCCGGGCCCUGACACGAGCCAGCCGCGACCUGGACGCCGAGGACAGAAAAAUACUAUCACAGUACACACAAAUGAACUAGUUCUAUCAACGAAUCCAAAUCUGUACUUUAUUCUAUAUGUUCUAUUGAAUACAGUGCGGUUAUUUAAUAUGAAAAUAGAAUUCUCUUUAUCAAGAAACAUGAUUGUACUUACAAAAUUGAUGAAUCAGAACUUGAUUUAUCAUAUCAAUUUAUCUAAAUCCGUAAUUGUUAUAAUAUCUUAAAUACAAAGUGAGUGCGUUUUUUUCUACGAUAAAACAUUUUUCUGAGCACUUUUAACCAAUGUGAUAAAAUCCAAAUCCAUAUGGAGCAUUUUGUGGACGAUACAAAUUAAGAUAUGAAUGCUGUUAUAAAAUUCAAUACUGUGAGAAAUCUAAUAUUCUUUGCUAGGUGAAUGUAUUUUGUAUUUAUUUAUAAACUUUAAUGCAUUAUUGACCGACUGAGAGAUAAUUGGACAUUAUGAUAAAACAUAUAAUAUUUUUUUUUAAAUCCGUUAUGAUAUCAUUAUUAUAUUAAUUUGUUAUACUUUUUUAUCCGAACAUUUUAAAAAUGUUGAUAUUUUCACGCGUUGUUAUUUACGCAAGCGAAUUCAUGUAUUGUUAUUUGCAAGAUGAAUGGAAUAUAUUUUUUCUAUAUAUUUUGUAACUGUGCAAUAGGUAUGUAUUUUACCAUUAAUUUACAGUAAGCUAUCUGUAGUUCAUUAUUGAUACUGCAUUAUAUCUAACUCGACUCAUGAAUUUUCAGACAAUUGCAGACGUUCUGUAUCCUAUUACGUCACUUCUGCAUUGCUGCAUCAUAACUCUGAUGUUUACUAAACAAUGAACUCUAAAUCAUGAAAACUGACUCAAUGUAAUAAUGUGAUUCUACCUAAACUCACGUAAUACAGGAACACGUGGCUAGAAUUUUAAUAAAAUCUUGAACAGUUUUGGUCAGUUUUUGGUAUUAUUAAGUCAGUUUCAGAAAUGUUUCCAUUUUGGUCCACCUACAUGUACAUGUAUGUACAAGUUGGCCGUGCAUCUUUCUGAAGUGUACAUAUUUAGUUACAGAGGAAAGUAGGCGUUCUUGAUACAAUAUUUUAAACAGUUAAAUUAUCUCUAUUGUUGACGUAUUCUGUAUGACAUUAGAUAAAGUUCAUUACUAGA